AUUAAUCUUUCUAACUGCAAGCAGUCCAGUGUUCGUCGUGCAGCCACACUGUUUGGGUUGAAAGAGGUUGGUGAUGAUGAGGAAUGGACUCUGUUCUGGACUGACUACUCAGUGUCACUGGACAAAGCCAUGGAACUAAAACGCUACCAGAAAAUUAAUCAUUUUCCUGGAAUGAAUGAGAUCUGCAGGAAGGAUUUGUUGGCCAGAAACUUAAAUAGAAUGUUAAAGCUAUAUCCAAAAGAUUACAACAUUUUCCCUAAAACAUGGUGUCUACCAUCUGAAUAUCAUGAUUUUGUGGCCUACAGUAGAACCAGGAAAAUCAAGACCUUCAUCUGCAAACCAGAUUCUGAAUGUCAGGGUCGAGGAAUCUUUCUGACCCGGAAUGUCAGUGAUAUUAAGCCAGGGGAAGAUAUGGUCUGCCAGGUUUACAUUCCAAAGCCAUUCAUCUUGGAUGGAUUCAAGUUUGACCUCAGACUCUAUGUCUUGAUUACUUCCUGUGACCCUCUGCGGAUAUAUUUCUACGAUGAGGGCCUCAUCCGUUUUGCCACCAUGAAGUAUUCUGAACCCACUGAAAAGAAUUUAGAGGAUGUCUGCAUGCACCUCACUAACUACUCUAUCAACAAACACAGCAAGAACUUUGUCCGGGAUGAAACCAAAGGCAGUAAAAGAAAGCUAUCUUUCUUUAACCAAUACAUGGAGAACAAUGCCUAUGAUCUGGAGAGGCUGUGGAGCAGUAUUGAAGAUGUGAUCAUCAAAACCAUUCUAGCCGCAUAUCCGGUCCUGAAACACAAUUACCUCACAUGCUUCCCAAAUCAUGUGUCUGGAAGUGCUUGCUUUGAGAUCCUUGGCUUUGAUAUCUUGCUGGACCAAACCCUGAAACCCUGGCUGCUGGAGGUUAAUCAUUCCCCAAGUUUUACGACUGACUCCAAACUUGAUCAAGAGGUGAAGGAUAAUCUUCUCUACGAUACACUCUGCAUGAUUAAUCUUGCUGCUUGUGACCGGAGGAAAGUCAUGGAAGAAGAGAGGCGGCGAACAAAUGAGCGGUUGCUUCACAUCUACCGGUCACGGGAGGACAGAGCUGAUGAAACACGAAGUAAUCCAGCUGCCUGGGUGCAGCAGAUGGAAAAGUACAAAGAUGAAAACAUGGGGAACUUCAAAAGAAUUUACCCAAGCGCCACUUCGGAGAAAUACGAGAAAUUCUUGAAAUGCAAACAUUCCCUUUUCCAGGAAACGGUCGCCUCCAAGGCCCGGGAGGAAUGUGCCAGGCAGAUGCGCCAGGAAAUUCGACAGAGGCAGGAGCAGAAGGAAUUGCUUCUCAAAGGGAGGAAGUUCCCAGAAAAGAACCUGAGGGGAGAGUCCCAGAUGCAGAAGAAUCCAUCUCCAUCAGUCUUGGUGAAGCCAAAGUCACCAGAGGGGCUGCAGACAUCUCCAUCCUCCACUCCUGUAACUGUUGCAUUUUGGUUGAUGUGCUAAUUCAUUUUCAGACUGUAACAGGCGGACUAAUAAUUUGUUCUAGAUGUCAGCUCAACUCAAAGAGCCCUCUCAGCUAAGUCAGGAGAUUGUGGCUUGGUGCCUUCUCCAAGGCGAGGCUGCUGAGGGAGUGCCGUACUCUAUAUGGUGCCAUUGUGGACUCGGGGCCUAUCUCUGUACUUUUUGUAAGGCUAGUCAAAGAUGAGCAGGAGGUUCUCUGGCCAA